UUUUUAAAAGUUGUGCUAGAAAAGUGAAGAAAACCUUUCACUAUGCCGAAGAACGGAAAUGCUGGUCACCGGAAUAAUGCACCCAGGAAGCGCCCAAUGCAACCGGUGCAACUGGAUGAGGAGAAUCCUAUUGUUCAGGCUUUUCGCAACUACUCCAACGAGCUGACCAUGAAACACGACCGCCACGAGCGGAUUGUCAAGCUGAGUCGCGACAUCACCAUCGAGUCCAAGCGCAUAAUCUUCCUGCUGCACUCCAUCGACUCGCGUAAGCAGAACAAGGAGAAGGUCCUGGAGGAGGCACGCCAGCGCCUGGACAAGUUGAUUGAGGUGAACUUUAGGGCCGUGGCCCUUGAGCUGCGUGACCAGGAUGUCUACCAGUUCCGCGGCGCGUACUCACCGGGAUUGCAGGAGUUCAUCGAGGCGUAUACCUACAUGGAGUACCUGUGCUACGAAGACGGGGAAGGCGAGUAUCAGUCCAAGAGCGUGUCCGACUGGCAGGCCAUCCAGGCGGUGAUGCAGUACGUCGAGGAGAGUAUCAAGCCCAAGGGGGAGCCAACCGAAGGCGAGGAAAUGGAGGUGGUGGCACUUACGGCCGACGAAAGCCUCAGUCCCAAGAAGUUCCAGUUUUUCGUGGACCCUACUGAGUAUAUUCUGGGUCUGUCUGAUCUUACUGGUGAGCUGAUGCGCCGCUGCAUCAAUUCACUGGGCAGCGGGGAUACCGACACCUGUUUGGAAACCUGCAAGACUUUGCAGCACUUCUACACUGGUUACAUCAGUCUGAAUUGCCAGAGAGCCCGAGAACUUUGGCGCAAGAUCACCACCAUGAGGCAGAGCGUCCUCAAGGCCGAGAAUGUCUGCUACAAUGUGAAAGUACGCGGCGGUGAGGCCUCCAAAUGGGGUGCCACCUUUGACCAAAAGCCAGCCGAAGAUGUGGAUGAGUGCUUCUACUAGAAAAACUCCUUAGACAUAAGUUUACAACAAACUAAUAU